AUCAUUGCAGAAGGUAAAAUCUACCUGUAUGCACGUGACGUUGAAGUACUGCGAGUCACACAUAGUUGUAACGGUCUUUCUAUUGAAGUAUAUAAGUUGACAUAAAAUAAGGGCAGGUUAGAAAAGACUAUUCAGAACUACUUUAGUGCUAAAGUAGUUUGGGUAUUGUGGCAUUAAACAGAACUCUUCUUAAAAAGAUACAUUUCUAAUGUAGACACUGCCAUUUCUGUUCUACCUGUAAACUUCCUACUAGUGUUUUUUCAAAAUAUUUUUCUGAAAGCUACUGUGAUUGUUAGCUUUGUAUUGUAGUUUACGUGGUUGUGUGGAUAAAAAUUUUGCUAGCACACUGGUAGCCUCGUUGUGUACACUGUCAGUCAUGCUGUUUCUGUACUAGUAAAGAUGACGUAUAGAACUUGCCACAUUAGGCAGAUGAAAAAUUGUAUUUGCAUGCAGGAUUACAGUUCUAGUACACAACGUAUUAAGCAAAUAAUUAACACUUCAGUACAAAUACUUAAGAGGAAAAGGUUCAGGGGGGACCUUAUCUCUACAACUAGCUGACAGGAGGCUGUAGGCAGGUGGGCAUCAGUCUCUUCUCCCAGGUAACGAGAGAAAAUGGCCUCAAGUUGUGCCAGUGGAAGUUUGGAUUGGAUAUCAGGAAAAAUAUCUUUGCUGAAAGGGUGGUCAAGCAUCGGAAUAGGCUGCCCAGGGAGGUGGUGGAAUCACCAUCCUUGAGGUGUUUAAAAAACACAUUAGAUGUGGUGUUUGGGCACAUGGUUUAGUGGUGGGCUUGGCAGUGCUGGGUUAACAGUUGGACUUGAUAUCUUCAAAGCCUUUUCCAAACUAAAUUGUUCAAUGAUUGUAAAUUAGGUGAGCACUUAUUAAAUCUCCAGUCUUUCCUCAUUAUAUUGAAUUAGAAGCAAUUUAUAGUUUUAAUUCAGCUUGGAGCAGCUGCUGCGUGAAGACAAAUGGAUAAAUAGAUAAACAUUUAUAGUUUCCAUCCUUAACCCUUUAUACUUCAGGAGCUUGGAAAGUUACACAGCUUAAAACUUCAUGGUUCCUUCAUAUUUUUGUAUUGCUGGUUUUAUAAACGUGGUUUGGUGGUUAAGAUUGAGGAAAGCACCUUUCUUCAGAGAGAGGCUGGUGUACUCUAGGUGAACAAAGUGGGUUGCUGAUGUGUGUGAACAUGUUAAGUCUGCAUACACUUGGCUGAACUUUCUCCCAAACACAUGAUGGAAGAGUUAGGGUAGGCAGAAUAUUCCCAGGUAUUAAAAUGGUGAGGGGGAGAAAUGAUCUUGAAAGCUUUUCAGAUUAGCUGUGAGUCAGCAGAUAGGGCUAGUCUCAACGCCUUAAUGUAGUACACCUCAAAAAUGAGGACUACAUAGUAGUGAAGUAAUAAAAUAAUUUGUAAAAGUUCUUGAAUUAAAGGCAACAGAGUGAAGAUGCACAAUAGUAGUUACAUUAGCAUGGUACAGAAGAUAAUUGAGGUAUUGCCUCUAACAUAAAGAUGGUGAAGAAAAUGAUACAUCUUUACUGAGAACAAGAAAAGGUGUUUAUCAGUGGUUAUGCAGCUAUGCGCUAUGCCUUAAAAAGCAGAGGGAGACCCAAGAUGGCUUCGUAACACCAUACCUUGAGUUUUUUUAUUUUGCUUGAGGUGUUUUCAGACAGCCGAAUUACCAUGGAAAAGGGUAGAUAUAUGUACAGGCCAUAUAAAUCAGUGUUUUAGGCAUUUUUUUCACAGAUCUUGUUCAGUUGUGAUUAUUUCACUUUAACUUUUAUGGGCAGAGUAGGAUAGCAAUUGUCAUCUACAAUUCUUUGAAGUAUAAUCCAUCAAAUUAUUUUGGAUAACUAGUCUAUGUGCAUUGCUGCUUUGAAGUCUGAGAAAAGUUACCCAAUGAAAUAGGGAAAUUUGCAUCUAAAAGGCACCUUUGGCUCAGUCAGCUGUGUUGAUAGUUACUCAGUGUCACCUGUUCUCUGUUAAAGCUUAACCAGUUUGCUAAACUAACAUCUGUCUAAACCAUUGAAAUGUAAAGGCUUAUAUAUUAAAAAGCUAAUGCUAAUUUUCUUUAUGUAUCAUAUUUUAAUUUUAGCCAGGUAUAUGCUAAAAGACUUUUAAACUUUCCUUCUGUUUCAGAAGUUUGACUGUCAUUUUCAUUAACUCAAAAUACUCUGAAAUUUUUAUCUUGUUUUUUCUGCAGUGAUCUGGUAAAUUAACAACUUUACUCCUUAGCCAUAAUACCUGCGAAAGAGCAUUUGGUUGGCUGACGUUCAUACAGUUCUGUAAAGAAGUUGCUGCUGAGUAGAUGUCUCCAUAUGAUCCAAGCUUGUAUUUACAGAAGAACUUCAAAUAAAGGAAAAUAUUUUCCUUUUGGACCACAGUUUUAGAAGCCACAGGCCUUGAUCCUGCAGGCAAGUUGUUGUACAGCUACAGCACCUGGUUCUUAAAAAGGCAGAGUUGAAUUUUGGAGGGAGAUUGGAGCAGUGUGGUAAAAGUGCCAGAAGAUUUCCCUGUGAUGUAGUCAGAAUUCUGCAUCCAGAGGUUCAUUUCUAAUCUUCCUUUGGUUGGCAAGUGUCCUAGUAGAUUUUCUACUCUAUCGUCAAUUGGGAUGAACUGUUUAAAAAAAACAAACAACCAAUGAAACAACCCUACAGCUUGAACUGAAAGCAAACACUUUGAAGAUGGCUGUUAGUAACUCGUUUUUUUUCUGUUGUAAGGUCAGUGAAACAGUCCUUUAAUUUUGUUAAUGCUACUGAUAGAAGUGUAAAAUCAAGCAUGCAAAUGGAGGGAGGGGAGAGCUCAAAGUAGAAGUUAAAAUUUAGAAUUUAAAGAAUAUCCUACCUUACGUAUUUGUGACCUACAGGGCCAGCUUUUCAUCAAGUAAAGAAAGAUAUAAUUGCUUUUGCAUAUUGUAGGAAUCAAGUUAAGUACUUGCAGGUUAGGGUGUUCAUCAUCAAGCUGUUACAAAUUAAAGCUGCAAGUUAAGAGAAUAUAUAGAAAUAUGUAUUUCUAUAUAUUCUAUAUAAAUAUAUAUAUUCUUUUAAGUGUCUACAUAUAAAAGAAUAUACUGGGAUUAUCCCCAAAAGCUUAAGUGUUGGGGGUAUAUGAGAAUCUCAUAGGGGUAAAGUUAUUCUUUUGCAUUAUCUUGCACUAAUCUGAUACAUCACUGUUAUUUCUGUAAUUUUAUUUGUAGCUUGAAGCUGCAGGCUGUAACAGACACAAAGAAACCGGCACCCAGAGGUGGAAUUAGUGUGGUUUACUUCCAGUGUAUAGGACUUACAUAAAGACUUGAUGAAGCUAUAUUUGGAUGUAACUUUUAAAUUUAGCUGGAUUAUCUCCCAGAGUUCACUACUGGUGUUCCGUUUCCUACCUCUGCAGAAUUGCCUAUUGCAGCAACUUCUAUGAACAACACUCCCAAAACACGUAGCUAGGUGUCUGCAUUUUAAUGAACACUUGUAGGUGUCGCUGAGUAUUUUAAAAUCAGACUACAGCAGAAAUUUAAAAAAUCAGGGGUCUUUUGUGCUGUGUAAGGUGGGCUUAUCUUUAAUUAGCUAGAAAAGCUAGUAGCUUCUUGGGUAGUAUGGUACUAUUUAAAUGAAUUAAAACAAAUUAUGAGUCAUCUGCUCAGGUUUCACUGACCUCUUAACUGACUGUUUAUUUAAUAAUUAUAAUUUAUCAAUAAUAUCAUCAAGCUUUCCAUUUCCUAAAACAGUCACUUAACACAGUAUUUUCAUGCUAAAACAGCAUGUAAAAUACUGCAUUUGUAGAAAAUUUUAAACUAAUUAUUAAUAGCUCUAGUAUUUUUAAUCAUUUAGUUGAAAUUGUAGUUUUCUGGGAGAUUAAGUUAUCUCCUAACUAUUAAGUUUAUUACACCCAUUUAUUUCAGAUUAAAAUUAGGUACUGAAUAGGGAGUUCACGUCUGACUGGCUAAUUAGCAAUAAUAAAUGAAGAUGCGUCUGCUCAUGAAUUAAACUUAAAUUGAACUCCACUAUAACUCUGCAUCUGCUAUAUGUUUUCAAGUAUCAGAAUGAGAAAUUAAGCCCCACUGUAAAUUCAUUUUUCUAAGCAAAUUUGAUACAAUAAAUAACUUCCAGUCUUUUCUUUGUGUGCAUUUUAAUUUUAUAGGCUUUAGGUAGUAAACUAGUGGUUUUACCAGUUAAAUUAUUAAAUACUCCUUUGAAUUUUAGGUGUGUUUAAAUUGUAAAGAAAAGGCAAAAUAUAUUUUUUUGCAUUUACUAAUAUUUAGUAUUCUGCCUAUUACAUAAACCACAUUGUUUAAAGUCAGACUUGGCACAGCAAUCAAAAAUGACAAAAAGACGUCAAAUUCAUAUUUUUGUGGGAGCACCCAACAUUCCGAGCCUAGUGGAGAUGUCAGAACAAAGUAGUUCAGCACCGGCUGCUGAAAAAUGGAGGGAACUCCGCUGUUGGUGUGAUACACAUAGUCUUUUUCCUGGAAAAGUCAAAGAUGCUGACCACUUAAUGUUUCAGACAGAAAGCUCUGUAGUCACAGCAGUUCCUACAAGUGAUGACAGCUCUAAGCAGUCUGAACAGGGGAGAUUAAUGGUAGCAAAAGAGAUUUUGACAUCUCUUGUGCCUGCGGCAGUAACUUGUGCCAGCACACCUAAAAAGACCAAAAGUUUAAUUUAUUCUGAUUGUCAGAUAUCUACAGAUAAAUGUGCACAUGCAAAUGUGAAUCAGGCUGCAAAUCAACACUUUGCACAAAGAUUUGCAGAAUCAACUAGACAAUAUAAACAGUCACAUGGUGGCUGUUCAAACCUUACUGAAAGAAAAGCCAGUCACGUAGAAUUUAACAGCUCUUACAUUUCUGAUUUGGUUGCCAGUACUAAGCAGAUUAGCGUACAUCUAAGGUCUGUGGGAGAAGUUGUUCAAUCAGAUUGUAGAAGUGAUUGCCGUGAACAUCGAAGUCAGUAUCUGGAUUUGUUUUUCCCUCAAAAUCGAGAGUCAAAACCAAAAGGACAAUCAAGUGAUUGUUUAGACUUUGCAGUGUCAACAGACACUGAGUUCCGUAGUAUAAUAACUUCAAGUCAGAUGGCUGUUUUUGCAUGGGGUAGGAAUGAGAUGCGGAAAAGAACUGUAAAACUGUUGGAAACAGAAGCAGGCAAAAAAACUGAAAAAAGGCAGUAUGAUCAAUUCCAGUUUGAUCCUGAUGUUGGAACAUGUCUUAAUGUGGCUGAAAAUAAAUAUAAGGAAGAGUAUACAAGUUCCCUUGAACUUUUCAGUUCUGAGGGUGAUGCGGAAAAUGUUUGCUUUGAAGCUACAAAACAAGAAGGAGCUGCUCAGGGAAACGCAGAGAAGUCUCAAGAACGUAACGUUCCUGCUGAGCAACUUGAAAAUGAAAUCCAUAUUGAACCACUGAGCUCAGGAAUAUUGUGCUCUCAAGUAGACAGUUCUCGUAAGAUCUGUUCGGAAAGAGCCCGCCAGUAUGAAGAUUCCUUUCAUAUUUUUCCUCCAGCAUUUGAAAGACGGCUGAAACCAAAGAGAGCUAAACUGAAUUCUUCCCCAGCUGGUCCUGGGAUGAGAGUGGAUCAAGAGAGGAUGGCAGAGUUCAAGAAGCUUCAAAAGAAACUAACACCACUUAAGAAUUGUUGCUGCAGAAAUCAAAAGUAUAAUGUUUUGGUUACAAUAGUACAUCCCUGUCAUAUCAGAGAAAUACAGAUGAAGACUAGACCAAAAUCUUCAUGUACAAUUCCUGUAGCAACAAUCGUCGUUAUUGACCAGUCAGAAAUUGAGAGAAAGGUGGUGCUGUGGCGUAGCGCUGCGUUUUGGUCACUCACCGUGUUUCCUGGGGAUGUUGUACUGCUUACAGAUUUAAUAAUGUAUGAAAAUCUUUGGUGUGGAGAGAUCAUGCUGCAGUCUACAUUUACCAGCCAGUUACUGAAUCUGGGGAACUGCUCAGCUCUCAAUCCAGAAGAAUUUUGUCCUGUAGUGGAUGGUGAUGCUCUCCAUGGCUUAUUGUCAUACGUAUCAUCAGAAUUUCCACACUUCAGAGACAUUCCACGAAGGCAAGUUCAGAGUCUGGAUAGUGUUCAGUAUAUGCAGCUAGACCAGCUCCAGCCAAAUACAUUGGUUCACUCAGUCUUGAAAGUUAUCAACAUUGCUGUUUUAAUAGAAUCUGUGUAUAGAUACAGAGGUGGCAACCAAAAAAAAAUUGUCCUAACAGUAGAACAGAACAGAGGUCAGCACUAUAGGAUGGUACUGUGGGGAGCAGGGGCUGCCUGGUGCCCUCAACUUCAAAGGAAAAAAGAACACCUGUGGGACUUCAAAUACCUUCUGGUCCAGCGUAGUUCUGUCUCUGGUGACUUUGAACUGCACACAACUCCAUGGUCAUCCUACGAGUGCUUGUUUGAUGAUGACAGAAGGGCAAUUGAAUUUAAAGAAAAGUUUCAGAAAAGCAAAACUUCCCUCAUGCAGGUGACAAAGCUCUCGACGCAUUUGGAGGAAAAAUGCUCAGGAGUGAUUCAAGUGAAAGCCCGUAUCUUAGAACUGAAGUUUACCAUUUCAACUGGUCAGUGCAAGCAACUCACCUUCUGUGCUGACACUUCACUGGAGUGUGUUUUGGCUUCUCUGCCGAUGAUAACGUAUUCAGGCUGUGCUCAGUGUGGUUUGGAACUACUGACGGAUAAGAACAUGAUCUACAAGCAGUGUAUAAGAUGUUUGCCGUACAACAAAGUAAAGACUUUCUACAGACCUGCUGUGAUGACAGUAGAAGAUGGAGGUUAUGAAAUUUAUGUUCAUGUGGCGUCUGAGUUGAUGGAAAAAAUCUUCCUCAGUAUUCCUGCAGACUGGCUGAACAGAUUAGUAGUGCCGUCUUCAGAUAUAACCUACAGCACGAUAGUAGCAGAUCUGUGUCAUUUGCUGCUAGCAGAUACAGAAGCAUCCUAUUUGUUGGAAAUUAGGAGCCAUUUUGUGCUAGAUGAGAACAGCUAUCCUUUGCAAAAAGAUUUCCAUCUGCUAAACCUUCAUCCUGAUCUUGGAAGCAUUGACCUCUGCAAUAACUGAGUAACAGAGACCAUAGGAACACACAGAUGGCAAACAGAAGAAAUCUGAAGUAGCUGAAGGAAGCAAAUCUCUUUAAAAAUACAAUAAAGGAUUCUGGGUUUAACUCAUCCUAAAAACGCAAAAGGACUGGUAUAGAGUAUCUGCUAAUAGUACAUACUGCUGCUGUAAUACUGAAAUUUUCAUAAAGAUAUUUUUAUACAUAUAUUUUUUAUAAUAAACUCUUACUGGGUAUCUGUUUUCCUUUUCUCCCCAGAAAAGUUUACUAGUAUUGAGAGACUGAAUUUUUCUCAGAUAUGGCAGGAAGACGGCCACAAUUCAAUGAUAUUUUAGUUAUGAGAUUUUUGUUUGUCUUAUUCUAUUGCUUUCUGUAACUUGGUUAUGUCUUUCGCUUUGCCUUUGUGGUUGCCAUCCUUUUUUUAACAGCAGAAUUUCUGCCAUUUACCCUUAGCAAUUUUGCUGCCAUUGUUUUCUUUUAGUAAAACAGAACUGUCUCACUGAAUCCAAUUUUGUGUAUCGAGAAGGUAUUGCACAUAUUUAUGAGGGUUUAAACUGGUGUGUUCUUUCACGGACCCUUUAAAUUAUUUAAUUGCUGUAGUAUUUAUUGUUUAGUAUUUAUCCAGCAUAAGCUGGUGAAGAAACUUAAUCACCUUAAGCCAGUGUAAUCAGUUUAACACUGAUCUGCAAAAUUUUCUCCCAUCUUGAUCAGAUUUAGAAAUUUAAUUCUUUUUAAAGUCUUAGUGUAUUCUGAUAGUGAUUUUUAACAGUAAAGCUGAGUGAAUGAUGACUGUACCUGACUUCAUAAAGUAACAGUCUCAUAACUACUACUCUGCAAAUGCAAUUAUUUAUAUAGAUCAGUAUUUUUCUGACAAAUAUCUUUGUCUGAUAUGAAUUGUGCCUCUUGCAGAGGCUGGUAGAAGCUGUAGGGGAUGAAUCUUGUUUGCUGCCUGGUAAGUCUUUACCUGCACUGUUCUCAUUUAGGGAAACUGGUUUCCCCAUACACUGUUGCACUUACCUUCAGGCUUCAAACAGAGCUGUUCUCAAAACUGAAUUUGAUAAAUCAAGUUGUCAAAUGUAUGAUAAUGCAAGUAAUAUGACUGAACAGCUUUCAUGUGCUGUUUUCUGGAAGCAGCUUCCUACAACUGAAUAACCAUCUUUCUUGGUGGCUAGUGUGGACUCUGUUGUGUCUCAUGUGAAACCAGUUUGGGAGUGUUGGGGUUUUAAUUAUGUUUGAAUAGCACUAUGUGUAAGCCACAUUAAGUGGAAGUUAUGCUAUCUGGAUUGGUAAGCUGUGUGUGGCUACCACCAAGUUCCACAUGCUCUGGGAAGGUCUCUCCAGCUGACUGGGACCCAGCUGCCUCGUUCACUUGUCAUGAUUUCUCAGAUAGCCACUGUGAGUCAUAGUUUAACAGUAUUCCUUCUUGAAAUCCAAGCAACAUGACACUGUAGUUCAAUGUGAACUUUAAUAAAUUUACCAUAAUUCUAUA